AUGAGCAGCAAAAAGUGCCAACAACAACAACAAAAACUUGCUGCUGCUUCUGUUAUUGUUAACUCUGAUAAACAAAUAAAUAAUCAACAACAAAAUUCUUCUUUUUCCUUUUCUUCUUCCACAGCUUCCUCUUCCUCCUCUUCUUCCCCAAAUAAUUCUUCUUCAAUAUUUGGAAAUAAACAGCAGACAAUUUCUUCAAAUAUUUUUAAUAAUAAUAAUUAUUUAUUAGAACAAUUACGUUUAUAUUAUACCCAACAACAACAAUUAAUUAAACAAGGAAAUUCUUCUAAUUUAUUUUCUUCUUCUAUAGAUUCAUUACCUAAUAAUAUUUGGAAUCCCCAACAACCCCCCUUAUUUCCCUUCCAAUUUUCGGCUGCUUUAGCUGCUGCUAGCUGUUUACCUUUAAAUUAUAAUAAUUUUAUCCAACCUGGAAUAUCCGAAUCAAUUAAUGGGAAGGAUCAGAUGGAUAUUAAAUCACCAAUAAAAAGUGAGGAAGAAUGUCAAGUUAGUACAAAUGGAAAACAAUGUAAAUAA